UCUCAACUACUCAUGGUCCUGUCAGAUGGAUUUUCUUCUUUACAGCACCCUUCUCUAAACAGGGUCCUUCGGGGCCAAGUCCUUUUUCCUCAGGAUGACUUCAUGCCUAUACCUGUAGUAUUUGAUUCAGAAAUGUUAUUAUCAGUCACGAGCUCUUGAUUUUACACACCUGCCAACUGACUGCCGCAGGUCAGAGUUCCUUCAUUCUCCUCCCACUCCCCAUACUCCACCUGUGUCACCUCUCAUAGGCACCUGGACUCCAUGCUUAAUCUCAAAGAAUGAGCCUGCAUAUCUUAAAUGAGGAAAAUGUCCCCAGUGAAAAGAGUUCAGAAAACUCAAACUUCCUGUUUUCACAACUGGAACUUACCGGAAGAUCCUCUGUUCUUCGUCCAUCACAGAAAGAAAACAUACCACCCAAGAACCAGGCUAAAGCUGCAAAGGUGACUUUUCAUACACCUCUUCGGGAUCCACAGACACACAGGAUCUUAAGUCCUAAUAUGACCAGCAAACUUGAGACUCCUUUUGCUCUGGAUGACAAUAUUGGACUAGAAAACAAUCACUGCGUCUGCUUACAAAAGGAGAAUCAGCUGCCUUUAGCCCCAAUGGAUGAUACACCUGUCGUUCAGAUAGCAGCCGAGAUCCUAAGAGCAGAAGGUGAGGUUCAGGAGGUAGUCUUGAAUUCCUCAAGCACUUCAGCUUCUACAAGUUUUCUGGACAAUGUGCCGGUGGCACCUCCUGUUGGGCCAGUGCUGGAGCCUGCUCAUCAGGGACCAGAGCCUAUCAUGGAUGGUGACCUCCCCCCUCCUAUUGGGCCAGUGCUGGAGCCUUCUCAUCAGGGACCAGAGCCUAUCAUGGAUGGUGACCUCGCCCCUCCUGUUGGGCCAGUGCUGGAGCCUGCUCAUCAGGGACCAGUGCCUGUCAUGGAUGGUGACCUCGCCCCUCCUGUUGGGCCAGUGCUGGAGCCUGCUCAUCAGGGACCAGAGCCUAUGAUGGAUGGUGACCUCGCCCCUCUUAGUGAGCCAGUGCUGGAGCCUGCUCAUCAGGGACCAGGUCCUAUAUUAGAUCUAGAGAAAGAGAAUUUCAGAGACCCAGCAGAAGUUCUAGGUACUUGUGCUGAAGUGGAUUAUCUGGAACAGUUUGGAACUUCCUCGUUUAAGGAGUCAGCCUGGAGGAAGCAGUCUUUGUAUUUGAAAUUUGAUCCCCUCCUGAAAGAGAGUCCACUGCGGCCAAUGCCAGUGGUUCCGGUGACAAAUAGUAUACAGGAUGCGGAUGAGGCUGGCUUGGGAAACCCAAUGGAAGCCAAGCUUGUGGACUUAGAUUUCUUGGGAACUCUGGAUGAUCCUGUGUCAGGCCCACCCUUGUGUGUCCUUGAGCCAAGAGGUCUCCUUCCUGCUGAGCCUAUUGUAGAUAUACUACAGUACGGCCAGAAAGACCUGGACGCAUUGGUAAAUGCAACAAAACAGGAGAACUUGGAGCUGAGAAGCAAGUAUGAGGACCUCAACACGAAGUACUUGGAGAUGGGGAAGAUAGUGGAUGGGUUUGAGAAGAUCGCGUACAAAUCAAUGGAGGAGGCUGAGAAACAGAAGGAACUCGCAGAAGACAAAAUCAAAAAGGUCCUAAAAGAGAGAGACCAACUUACUGCAGACCUGAACUCCAUGGAAAAGUCCUUCUCUGACCUUUUCAAGAGGUUUGAGAAGCAAAAAGAAGUGAUUGAAGGCUAUCGAAAGAAUGAAGAUUCACUGAAGAAAUGUGUUGAGGAAUACAUAGUGAAGAUUGAAAAGGAAGGCCAGAGGUACCAGGCACUGAAGGCCCAUGCCGAAGAAAAGCUCAAGCUAGCAAAUGAGGAGAUUGCCCAAGUACGUAGCAAGGCUCAAGCAGAGGCGCUAGCUUUGCAGGCAAGCCUGAGGAAGGCACAAAUGCAAAUCCAUUCACUGGAGAAGACUGUGGAACACAAGACUAAAGAAAUUGAUGAGCUGACCCGGAUCUGUGAUGACCUCAUCUCUAAGGUGGAGAAGAUCUGACUGCAGCCAGCCAUCACCAACCCUCUGUCUGCCCAUUUCUGUGUUUGUCUGAUUUGUCUCUUGUGUGGUCUUUAACCCCUAUUCAUUUCUAAGUUACAUUUGAAGACUAAAGUUUCUUAAUUUCAAACUCAAA